AUGGAAAGCCCAUCAAAGCGCAGGAAGAAGAACGAUUCAAAGUCUACAACGGUCCCUCAUCGAAAUCUCGAUUUCUUCUUUCGCAAGAAAUCCAACCUUCCACUGAAAACUCCUGCAAGCGACUCCUCUAUUCAAGGCCUGCCAGAUGAGCGGGACCAGUCAACCUCCGAACAUGCGCUCACAGAUGAGGAGCUAGCUAGAAAACUGCAAGCAGAAUGGGAAAGAGAAGACCAACAGAAUUUGAGCACAGAACCUGAAACAGAUCCGACUUCGAGAAUAGAUCAUGUCCAGGGGGAGCCACACAACGCCGAUAAAGCUGGGCAGGACUUCGCGACUGACGCUCUUGAACAAAACUUGACCGACCCCAAGCCGCAACCAAAUGGCAACAAAACCAGUUUUCUAGGUCUGCAAUCUACAGCCUCGGAUGACGAUGCUAUCACCCUCACUAUACCCUUCGAUGAGAGCCCUCUUACCUUUAACCCGGAGCAGUAUAUUCCUGGUCUACAAAAGCAGUGGGCGUCAGAAGGAGGAGACGCAUUCUACGCCUUAUUAACCCGAUGUUUUGUCCUAGUCAAUUCAACUCAGAGUCGCAUAAAGAUUGUCGAUACACUUGUUAACUGCCUACGAGUUAUAAUUCAAGCCGAUCCUGAGAGCCUUCUACCAGCGGUCUGGCUAGCUACGAAUUCCAUUUCACCUGCAUACAUCUCCCUCGAGCUUGGCCUCGGUGGUUCAGCCAUUUCCAAGGCUUUGAAGAAAAUAUGUGGACUCGAUAGUGCUGGCUUGAAAACACUUUAUGACAAACAUGGAGAUGCAGGAGAUGUUGCAUUCGAGGCUAAGAAGAGACAAAGCUUCACCCUAAGAAAGCCCAAACCUCUUUCCAUUAAGGGUGCCUACCAGACACUUGUCAAGAUUGCCAACAGCAAGGGUCAUGGGAGUGUCGAACAGAAACAAAGACUCGUAGAACGACUGCUUCAAGACGCGAGAGGCCCUGAAGAAAGUAGGUACAUUGUGAGAACCCUUGUCCAACACCUGAGAAUUGGAGCGGUCAAAACCACGAUGUUGAUUGCCUUAGCAAGAGCCUUUCAACUCUCACGCCCAGCAGGUGCUGAUUUUGCUAUAAGAGAUCAGGCAGAACUGGCAAAGCUCAAAAAGGAGGAUUUGGCUGUAAUAUGGUCAAAGGCCGAAGAAACUGUGAAAACGUGUUUUGCACGACGACCCAACUACGGUGAUCUUGUUCCCGGUUUGCUUGAGGUAGGCGUUUCAGAAGAGCUCUUGCUACGCUGCAGCCUGGCACUGCACAUUCCACUGAGACCCAUGCUUGGAAGCAUCACACGAGACUUGAGCGAAAUGCUCACCAAAUUGCAAGGUCGAGACUUCAGUUGUGAGUUUAAAUAUGACGGACAGAGAGCUCAAGUCCACUGUGAUGAGAAUGGGAAAGUCUCCAUAUUCUCACGCCAUCUCGAAGUCAUGACGGAUAAAUAUCCUGACCUUGUCGCACUUGUGCCCGAGAUACGAGGUGAUGGUGUUUCCAGCUUUAUACUGGAAGGCGAGGUCGUUGCGGUAGACCGAAAUUCUGGAGAUCUCAAGACAUUUCAAACCCUGACCAAUCGUGCGAAGAAAGAUGUUGACAUAGGCUCCAUUCAGAUCGAUGUCUGCCUCUUUGCCUUUGACCUUAUGUACCUCAAUGGGGAGCAAUUACUUAACAGACCAUUUCGUGAAAGAAGGGGUCUCCUUCGCAGCAUGUUCGUUGAGAAGGAUCACCACUUCACCUGGGUGAAGAGUAUCGACGCAACCUCGGCUGAUUCGGAGACCGUCCUUGAGUUUUUCAAGUCGGCCACCGACAUCAAGUGUGAAGGAAUUAUGGUCAAAGUGUUGGACAAUCUCCCGAACCCAGACCUGAUAGCAGAUCGAGAUCCUUCGGAGGAAGUUGACCCAGUACCAAUCACGGAAAAUGUAACUCCAAGUAAGAAAGGCAAGAAACCGUCUACAGCUGCCGCCGCAAAGAAGAAAGCGCAAGCCGAGAAGCAACAAGAGAAAGAGAAGGGCACACGUCGCAAAGCCCUCCUAGCAACAUACGAGCCAGACAAACGGCUUGACUCCUGGCUCAAAGUGAAAAAAGACUAUGCCACCUCCGCAGACACAAUUGACUUGAUUCCCGUAGCUGGCUGGCACGGUCAAGGGCGCAAAGCCAAAUGGUGGUCGCCGAUCCUUCUAGCAUGCCGCAACCCGGAGACAGGCUCCCUCGAAGUGGUAACAAAAUGCAUUUCGGGCUUCACAGACAAAUUCUACGCCGCUAAUAAAGAGAAAUAUGCACAGGACGGCGACAACACACUAGGUUCGCGGCCCGCAUACAUCGAAUACAGCGCGUACGAGCCGGACGUAUGGUUCGAGCCGCAAGAGGUGUGGGAGAUGGCGUUCGCGGACAUCACACUGAGUCCGACGUACACGGCGGCAAUCGGUUUGGUCAAUGAGAGCCGUGGCCUGAGUAUGCGGUUUCCACGGUUCCUCAAAGUCAGAGAGGAUAAGGGCAUCGAGGAGGCCAGCACCGCUGAGUUCCUUGCGGACCUGUAUCGAAAGCAGGAGGCGCGCAUUCUCGCUACAGGUGGCGGGCAGGGUUCGGGCACAGGAGCUACUGGUGGUGCUGGUGAGGAUGAGGAGGAUGGCGAUGAGUGA